AUGGCUGAAUCUGAGCAGCGUACUCACGGCUCCGAUUCUCCUCCUCAACUGAAGUUUCCUACUUUCGUCACCAACUUAUUCCCCUUUCUCAAUUCUAAGCCACCUUCUGUUGCCGAUGGUCCCAAACCCACGGGAGGAGUCUCCGGCGAAAAGGACAGUAAGAACUCGACCUACGAGACUGUCUCUUUCCCUUACAAUCCUCCCAAGAACCCAGAACCACUCAAGGUUGAAGCCGAAGCCAGCUCCAGCAGGACUUCCAAUUCCCUCGUCAUUUGGCAGGUAUAUGCACUUGGAGGGUUUCUUGUCCUGAAGUGGGCAUGGGCGAGAUGGAAUGAGAGGAACGAGAGAAGCGACAAAAAGGAGACAACGGAUGAUGAUGGUCAAGCUUCUAACCAGAAAGAUGGUGAUGAUGAAGAAGAUGAUCAAGCUUCUCGUGGGCAUGAAGACUAG